AUGUCUCUCUCCCUCGAGGUCCGUCACAAUGCUGCCUCCCAUGUCGACACCUGUCUGCCCAUCACUGGUCUAAAGGAGCUGCAAUUCGGCGCGGAGACGCUUCUUCUCCAGGGGCAGGGCCCAUUCGCUGUUCUCCUUGACGCCACCAGUGGGAGAUUGCUCUCCAAGCUCCGCACAUUCCAGCGGAACAAUGUCCAUGGAUUUAUCGUGAAUGCGCAGAACUCGCAUGAUGAGAGCGCGUACACAGCCCGAGUCUUAGUCUGGGGAGGCCACUCUCUCCGCAUUGUCGAUCUUGUCGGCCAGAAGAACGGCCAGGCCGGGCUGCUGCAAGCAUCUCUGUCGGCCGCGACUGCGGAAUAUGCCGCGCCGGAUUGGAUCUUCGAUGCCUGUGCCUCGCACGGCGAUGACAAAGAGAAGACCUUCGCCUACCUGGUCACAGCGCACAAUGCUGUUUUGAGCCUGGAGGUGACGGAGAAGGCCUCUCGCGACUCCUACCCGAACAGGGUCCAUUUGCGACAGCUGGCCACCAGCGUAAAGUCCAUUCUUUACUCUGCCGAUAUCCUCGCUCUUUCUCCGGGCCAUGUGCUAGUAGCAGCUGGUACCGUCUUUGGCGAGAUCAUCGUGUGGUCCUGCUUUCCGACGAGCAAUGAAGAAGAUGGCACCCCGAAUGCUGUUACUUCGAUCCAUCAUUUUUUCACCGGCCACGAGGGCUCCAUAUUUGGGGUGAACAUCUCCCCUGAAAUUCCGUGCCUGAGGGAAGGAAAACCAGGCCGGCUUCUUGCAAGCUGUAGCGACGAUAGGACCAUCCGGAUAUGGGAUAUUUCCAACUGCUGCCACGCUUCCCCAACGGACCCGUCUGCCUACUCCACUGACGGGUUUGAGCUUCGAAGCACUGGAUUCGGUAGGACUGCUGCCGAUGGGCCGACACUCGGAUCAGAAACGUGCCUGACAAAGGAAUGGGGUCAUACUGCCCGGAUAUGGGGAGUCCACUUUUUGGCACCGGUGGCAGGGCAGCCGAAGCAGCUGAAUCUCGUCUCGAGGGGCGAGGACGCUACCUGUCAGUUGUGGACGCUAGAAUGGGAUGUGAUGGCAUCCGACGCGACCAGAUUUCGGCUGCGGAACGUGUCAACUCUGCACCAACAUGCUGGCAAGCACAUAUGGUCUCUUACCAUAUUAGAGGGCGGGACUACAUCGCCUGUGAUAUAUACCGGCGGCGCAGAUGGCGCUGUAAGGGCCUUUCAACUGGCCUCGCCGAUGGAUAUCUCUCUUCAGUCUGGUUACAGCACGAGAGUUUUAAUGAAAGCCGCCAACUCGCAAGUCCAAACUGACGCCAAACUGAGAGGGUUCGCCUUUGUUGCGCCGGACUGUUUCAUUACAAGCUCUCUGGCUGGUGCGCUGCAGCUUGGGUGGAUUGAUGCCCGUUCUCUUGACCCGAACGAAAAUAAGCCGCACAUCUGCUGGGAAACAUUACUAGAGGGCGAUGACCAUCUCCGUUCAAUGGCUCUCAUGUCCACCCUGCCGAGUCGGGGUCUGGCAGUAAUCGGUAAUGGCAACGGUCUCAUCCGGCUGUAUAAUCACCGCACGAGAAGUCUGGUCGAUCUCGCCCAUGAAACAAGACCAAUGGGACUCUUCAUCUUUGAUCAGGGGGCGGAUGCUUGUGGCUUCCUUGUUACGUAUCCUACCUUCGAUUUGGCCGACCUCUUAAUCGUCAAAGAUAUCACCGCAGCGGCACCACAGGUGGAGCAGAACAAGCUCGUUCUUCCGCGUACGUUCCAAGUAUCGCGCGUGGCAGCUGUCUGUGGUGGCCAGUACUUGAUGAUGGGAUCAAAGGUGGGCGCGCUUGCCAUAUAUGACGUUGGAGUCAGGGGCGAAGUUCUGCAUCCGCUGUGGUGCAUACGUCGCGUUCAUGGGGAGAGCGCGGUCACUUGCAUACUUCGAAUCCCAGUUGAUGAGGCUGAAGGACCAGCCGCGGAAUAUCUGUUGACCUGUGGGCGAGACGCCAACUACUGCGUCCACGUCCUGGAGCGCACCGAAGAAGGUUCCGUGCGGCUUCGAACCGUGCACCGGUCCUCUUCGUCGUUCAGUCCGAACAUCGAGGGAGCAUACUUUGACGCGUCGACAAAUGAUCUCAUGCUCUACGGCUACCGGUGCAAUUACUUUAUUCUGUGGAACGAAUCCACGCAGACGGAGUUGAUGUCGUUUGAUUGCGGUGGUGCGCAUCGAAACUGGGCAUUCUACCCCUAUGCAGACGUGUUUGGAGGAGUAGGUGUGUACAUCUGGAACCAGGCCGCUUCUUUCCAUGCCAUCGUGACGCAGUCCGCCUCUCAUCGCCCGCUGCGCGCUGGCGGUCACGGACGAGAAAUCAAAGACAUGGCAAUCGCCAACGCCGUGGAUGGGACGGGAGGUCCUCUGAUUGCUACCGGUGCAGAAGACACCACGGUGCGGAUCUUCACACCUACUAUAAAGGCAAGCAACGACGCGCCGUGGGGAUCGUUUCGGUGCACGCGCGUUCUGAACAAGCAUCGCACCGGUCUGCAGCAGGUGACCUGGUCGCGAGACGGCCGGUUCCUGUUCACGAGUGGGGGCUUCGAGGAAUUCUUCGUGUGGCGAGUGAGCACCAUCCCGGUGUUUGGCACCGCAGCCGUGCUGGAGGCGUCCAGUCCGAAAGACGACCCCAAGUCGGAUCUCCGGGUGACCAGUUUCGAUGUGUUGGAAGUCGAGGCGCCGGAUGACUGCUUUUUGCUGUGUCUUGCCUAUUCGAAUUCGACGGUGAAGGUGUUCUUCUACUCCUCGUCUGCUACUUCGCAGACCUUUUACCUGCUUGGAAGGGGUACCUACACGACCAACUGUCCCACGCAAGCUCGCUUCUUGACAUUGAAUUCCUCGACAUAUCUCAUAACCUGUGCGACAGAUGGCCAGCUUGCGAUAUGGUGUUUGGACAGUGUACUCGAUGGCUUCGAAAGUCGGGAGGACGGCAGCAUGGCCAUCAAACCCACAUUCAGCCCUGAGACAGCAACUGCGGAGACGAUAUCCUGGCAGAGCCACCAUACGAUCCAUUCUAGCAGCAUCAAAUCGCUAGAGAUGAUGAAGAUAGCCGAGAAUUGCGCGGUAUUCGUGGGCGGUGGCGACGACAACGCGCUGUCUAUCUCAGUAUUAAGAAUGGUACACGACGGCCCUUCCAUCCGCACCAUUUCGAUUCCCGACGCCCACGCCUCGGCCAUAACGACCAUCAAAACGCUGCGAUUGCAGCCAGCAAUACAAGGUCAAUCGUCAACAGAAAUCCUCCUCGCCUCAUCCGGGAACGACCACCGGAUCAAAAUCUGGUCGAUCAGCGUCGACGCAGAGAAGGCAGAGGCAAACGACGUCGAGGCAGUGCGCAUUGUGCAGCGACUGGACCGAUACAGUCCUGUGGCGGAUAUAUCGUCCAUGGACAUUCUCCAUAGGACGGAUACGGAUGCGGAUAUGGGUCUGUUGAUGAAUGUCUGUUUAUGA